CAGACACAAGGCAGAAUGAAGACUGAUUGCCAGACAGAGAAGGAGAAUAUCUCAGGGCUGACUUUCAGGAAUAGAACUCAGAGUGUCACCUGGAAUACUGAGUGUAAUUCCACCAUGGCGGUAAAUCCAGAUAGUUUGCCGUCCCUGGACUACAGGGAAGAAGACCCCCCUUCCAAAAAACCCAACAAGUACCAACCCAGCCUGCAGAAUUUGAUUCCCUUCCGCUUCUCUAACCAGUCCCACCCAAUGGACAAUGCUGGUUUCUUUUCAUUCUCUUCGUUCGCUUGGAUGACUCCCAUGAUGUGGAGUCUGUUCCGGAACAGACUGGACAGGAGCUCUCUGUUCCUGUCCCCUCAUGAUGGGUCUAACUCCAAUGUGAAAAGGCUAGAGAGGCUGUGGGAAGAGGAGGUGGCCAAGGUUGGAAAAGAGGAGGCGUCUUUAGUUCGAGUCAUCAUGCGCUUCCAAAAGACCAGAUUACUGGUUUCUUUCGCCAUUUCCGUCCUAUUCACAUUUGCCGUAUUUAUUGGACCUUCGGUCCUGGUGUACGAGAUACUGAACUAUGUGGAAGCUCCAGGGGCAUCCACGUUGGUCUAUGGUGUCGGGCUGUGCGUGGCCCUGUUCACAACCGAGUUCUGCAAAGCUUUCUUCGCCUCUUUGAUGUGGGCAAUAAACAUCAGGACAGGCAUUAGGGUGAAGAGUGCCUUCUCGACCCUGGCCUACAAGAAGAUCAUCUCCCUUCGAUCUGUCGCCAACAACAUCUCCGUGGGAGAGAUGAUCAACGUGCUGGCUAGUGAUGGCUACAGGAUGUUUGAGGCGGUGGUGUUCGGUACCUUUCUGCUCUGUAUCCCUGUGUUGCUGGUCAUAUGUAUCGUGUAUGCCUGCUACAUCCUGGGGUACACCGCCCUCAUAGGGACGGCUGUCUACCUCGUGUUCAUACCCAUUCAGUUUGCCAUGGCUAGGCUGAUCCAGGUCUUCAGGAAGAAAGCUGUGAGGGUCACAGAUACUCGUGUGCGGACCAUGAACGAGGUUCUUACCUGCAUCAAACUCAUCAAGAUGUAUGCCUGGGAGAGUUCCUUCGAGAAGAAAAUCACAGACAUCAGGAAGAAUGAGAAGAAGUUGCUGCAGAUGGCCAGCUACACCCAGAGUGUUAACUCCUCCAUCACCACCAUCAUCCCCACCCUGGCAACUAUCCUCACCUUUGUAGUCCACACGCUGCUGGGACUUCCCCUCAGCUUCCUCCCAAGGUCAGCCUGAUCAGCAGCUUUCUCCAUCAUUGCCAUCUUCAACUCCAUGCGGUUCUCACUGGGACUGCUGCCGUUCUCUGUUAAAGCCAUGGCCGAGGCACAAGUAUCACUAACCCGGCUGAAGAAACUGCUAUUAGCAGAAAACCCUGAGUCAUACCUGGUCCAGAGGCAGGGAUCUCCCUCAGCCCUGGUCAUGGAGGGGGCUACAUUCACCUGGGCCAGACCUGAAAAACAAACAGCACACACAGCACCAGACAAGGGGGCCAAGGUUAAAACCCAUGCCCAGAACGGGACUCACACUCCAGGCCAGACCAAUUCCAAGCCCACCCUGACAGAUAUCUCCUUUAGCCUGCCUAAGGGAAACCUGUUGGGCGUCUGUGGCAACGUGGGAAGCGGGAAAACUUCUCUGAUAUCAAGCAUCUUAGAACAGAUGCACCUGCAGCACGGCUCGGUCACUGUGGACGGGUCGUUUGCCUACGUUUCCCAGCAGGCCUGGAUCUUCCAUGGUACCGUCCGGGACAACAUCCUCAUGGGGGAUACCUUUGACCAGGCUAGGUACAAUGAAGUCAUCGGUGCCUGUAGCUUGAUACCAGAUCUGGCCAUUCUUCCGUACGGGGACCAAACUGAAAUAGGUGAGCGGGGCCUGAAUCUGUCAGGAGGUCAGAAACAGCGGAUCAGUCUGGCCAGAGCCGUCUACUCCGACAAAGACAUCUUUCUACUGGACGAUCCUCUGUCCGCUGUGGACGCCCACGUGGGGAAGCACAUCUUUGAGGAAUGCAUCAAGAAGACACUGAAGGGGAAAAGCAUCAUCUUGGUCACCCAUCAGCUACAGUAUCUGGAGUUCUGUGAUGAAAUACUGGUCCUGGAGAGUGGGAAUAUUCAGGAGGCUGGGCAACACAAAGCUCUAAUGAAAGCAAAGGGCAGAUACUCACAGAUGAUAAAAAACUUCCAGAUGGAACAUUCACAGGAAGAAACUAAAGAGGUCAAGGCACAGGAGCCCAUUGAACUAAAGCAGGAUCUAAAGGAUCAGAAGGAUAAAGGCAUAGAAAACGCAGCCUUUGACAUGUCAGACGAGAAACCAGAAACAGGAGUGAAAACAUCUGUACCGCGUGAAAUCAGUGAGGACCAGCUGGUUUCACAGGAGGCUUCUCAGGAGGGCUCUGUUACUUGGAGGACAUACCACCGAUACUGUCAAGCUGCUGGAGGGUACAUACUAAUAUCUAUGAUCAUGAUCCUCUUCAUCUGCCUGGUGGGAACCACUGCCUUCAGCAACUGGUGGCUCAGUUACUGGCUGGAGCAGGGAGCAGGGAAAGGGAACGGGACAACGCCAAACUCUGAGGACAUCUCCCUGAACCCUGAUCUGAGCUUCUACCAGCUGGUAUAUGGUCUGGUGGUGGUGGCCAUGCUAGUCUUUAGCGUCAUCAAGGGCUACUCCUUCACCAAGGUCACAUUGCACGCAUCCUCCAAGCUUCAUGACACCAUGUUCAGAAAUAUCCUAAGCAGCCCCAUGAGUUUCUUUGACACUACGCCUACAGGCCGCCUGGUAAACCGCUUCUCCAAAGAUCAGGAUGAGGUGGACACCAUGCUGCCGUUCAACAUGGAGAACUUCCUGCAGUUUUGCCUCAUGGUCACAUACAUCAUGGUCUCCAUCUCAGCCGUAUUCCCAUUCCUACUAAUUGCCAUUGUGCUUGUGGGGGCCAUUUUCUCUGUCAUCCUCUAUUUAUUCCAGAGGAGUAUCAGAGAGAUGAAGAGGAUGGAAAACAUCAGUCGCUCCCCCUGGAUCUCUCUAACUACCUCCACGAUCCAGGGUCUAAGCACCAUCCACGCAUACAACAAGAAAGAUCAAUACAUCCAACUGUUUAAGGAGAUGAGCGACAACAAUUCCAACCACUUCCUCUUGUUCUACUGCGGGACGAGGUGGCUUUCCUUUUGGCUGGACUUCUUGUCCACACUGAUCACUCUGAUGGUGGCCCUGUUCGUUGUGCUCAGUCCUCCUGAGACCAUCAACCCUGCUAUGAAGGGCCUGGCAUUGUCCUACACCAUACAGUUAACUGGCAUGCUCCAGUACGUAGUGAGGCUGUCCACGGAGCUGGAGGCCAAAUUCCUCUCGGUGGAGAGAUUACAGGAGUACAUUGAGGGCUGUGUGUCCGAGGCACCCAGGCGGGUUAAAGACGCCCACAUCCCAGAGGGUUGGCCUCGUAGCGGAGCCAUCACCUUUAAGGAUUACACAAUGAGGUACAGGGACAACACACCAAUUGUACUCAAUGGCCUCCAGCUCAACAUACAACCCAAAGAGAAGCUAGGCAUCGUGGGGAGAACCGGCUCCGGGAAGUCGUCACUUGGUGUAGCCCUGUUCCGCCUGGUUGAGCCAGCUGCAGGGACUAUCUUCAUAGAUGGGGUGGACACCAGUGUCAUAGGCCUUGAGGACCUCCGGAGUAAACUGUCAGUCAUCCCCCAGGACCCUGUUCUCUUCAUCGGCACUGUCAGAUAUAAUCUGGAUCCUUUCAACAACUACAGUGAUGAAGAGAUCUGGUGUGCCCUGGAGAAGACCUAUAUUAAAGAAACAAUCUCCAGACUCCCUGAGAAGCUUCAGUCGGAGGUUGUGGAGAACGGGGAGAAUUUCUCUGUCGGAGAGAGACAGUUGAUGUGUAUGGCCAGAGCACUCCUUCGAAACUCCAAGAUCAUCGUGUUGGAUGAGGCGACAGCAUCGAUUGACUCUGAGACGGACACUUUGAUUCAGCACACCAUCAGAGAGGCCUUCCAGGACUGCACCAUGCUCACCAUCGCUCACCGCAUCAACACUGUACUGGAGUCAGACCGCAUACUGGUCAUGGACGCUGGAAAGGUCGUUGAGUUUGACAGUCCAGAGGUCCUGAUGCAAAGACCAGACUCUCAGUUUGCAGCUCUUCUGGCUGCAGCCAACACCGUCAACACCUGAACCUGGCCCAGGGCCGGACACACCAACAUCUGAAGUCCGGACACACCCACAUCUGAAGUCUGGACACACCCACAUCUGAAGUCUGGACACUCCAACAUCUGAAGUCCGGACACACACACAUCUGAAGUCCGGACACACACACAUCUGAAGUCCGGACACACACAUCUGAAGUCCGGACACACCAACAUCUGAAGUCCGGACACACCCACAUCUGAAGUCCGGACACACCCACAUCUGAAGUCUGGACACACCCACAUCUGAAGUCUGGACACACCCACAUCUGAAGUCUGGACACACCCACAUCUGAAGUCUGGACACACCCACAUCUGAAGUCUGGACACACCCACAUCUGAAGUCUGGACACACCCACAUCUGAAGUCUGGACACACCCACGUCUGAAGUCUGGACACACCCACGUCUGAAGUCUGGACACACCCACGUCUGAAAUCUGGACACGUGCACAUUAACGAUUUCUAAAACACCCACAUACGCUGUCUUUUGUGUACCUCGAAAACACGGACUCUGCUUGCCAUACGCACGCACUGUUAGACACAUACAAGACUGCCAGCACAUGUAUGUGUGCACCCAUGCUCACCCACACGCGUGUACGAAUACACGUGUGGAAUGGUCUAACCUGAAGCCCAGGACAUUAGUCUGAUGUUAACAUUGACCAAAGAGGCAGAUUCUGGCACAACUUUGACAAAGUCACAGGUGAUUAAAAAGUGUUGCUUCCAUUUGCCCUUUCUAUUAUUCACAGUGUUUAGAGGAUUUAUUUUGGACGGGGAUCCACUGACAUCUCAUUAACUUCUCAUGUAUGUCUGCACAGAUUCCUGCCUAACUGAUUUUUAUUAUGGUAUUAGUGAGGAAAUGCCCUAUUUUAUAUUUAAAUUGUAUUUAUUUGAUUUUCUAUCCUUUUGAAUUUAACUUCAAGGUGAGUCUCUGUGAUAAAGUAUUGAACACAUUCAAUAAAAAAAUCUGUACAUACUACAG